AAAAGUUGGCCAUGAAGAACAAUUGCCAACUUUUGUCAGUUUUGGUAACGGAAACAUCAAAAUUACAAGUGUAAAAUUGAAAGCAGAAAAUCCCUAUAAAAAUACUCUUAAGAUGUCCAACACCAAUCCGAUUCAUUCAGUUCAGAACACUUUAGAACUAUUUGCCGAUCCCGUUCACUUCCCCAUCACGAUCGGCAACGACAACUUCAUCCUCACCCAGCAGGACCAGCGGAACAUCCUGGAUCGGCGAACCUGGUACCUAACCCACAUCCCGAACCAACUUCAACCCCCACCCCAGAACGACCUCCCCCAGCUGCUCCAACAACUCGUUACCAUCCUGGGUCAACUCCAACCGGGAGACGGUGCCCAACCUUCGGACCCAUUCUGGUUCCACUACGAAAAGCAAACCUCAACCGAAGAUUUGGCCUAUCAUUUGCGCCGGAUUGGCCUGCCGAUGGAACCGACUACCCUGGUGAAGCACGUCCACUUUGUGGUGGAUCGGACCUCCCGCGACAAGGGGACCGGCAUGGUGGAUGUUGCGACGUUGAGUCCGGACGAAAACCGGAUGGUUUGUGAGUCGGACGAGGGAAAUGCGGAAACUUCUAAAGGGAGUCGUGAAGCGGUUGGUGGUGCCCUGGAUCGGAUUAGGAGGGCGAAGGAAGCUGGUAGCGAGUUUUGGUGACUUUGAAUAAAGCGUUUCU